AUGAUCUCGACAAGAAGAAAAUGCUCAAAACCUAGCCACGGUCUCUCCCUGUUCUACACAGAUCUCGAUCGGAAUGUAGUAGAAGUUACGAAGAUUCCAAAAAUGGGGCGCAAUGCGGUCCAUAGCAAUACUCUCUUCUUCGAAAACUGGAAAGUUCUAGCUGAGGAUCUAAUUGGACAGGAAAGCGAUGGUUUCAAGAUAAUAAUGCAUGGACUAAACGCCGAGUGGGUGCUCGUAGGCGCGGAGGCCCUAGGCAUCAGAUUCGCUGCUGCUCGUCAGGCAUCAAACUAUGCCAAAGAUCGUGCGGUUUUUGGUAAUCCCAUUGGUAAAUACCAGGGGAUCCAACACCCACUCGCAGAAUGCUGGAUGAAUCUGGAAGCGGCAAGGCUAAUGCUCUAUCUUGCAGGACGCUUGUACGAUCAAGGGUACGAAAGUGGCGAAUACGCCGAUUCUGGGAAAUUUCUAGCUUCAGAGGCUGCUUUCAAGGCCGCGGAACGAGCAGUACUGUCUCAUGGCGGCAUGGGCUACGCAAAGGAGUAUCACAUCGAUCGUUACCUGAGAGAGGCCACAUUAUCAAGAAUCGCUCCGAUCAGUGGUGAAAAGACCAAGAAUUAUAUAGGUCAGCGAGUACUGGGUCUACCUAGAAGUUAUUGUUUAUGUAUGGCGAAGAGCAGCUUUUCUGCUCGGAUACAGAGGCGAGUAGCAAUGAUCAUUAGUAACAGUAUCAGGUAUGUUCUGAUAAGGUCCUUGUAG